AUGAAAUUUUGGUAUUUUUAUGCUACUUUUUAUUGCGUUCUUGACAGUAAAAAUGCUUCCUAUUUAUCAUCAGCACAUGGAUUUCCAAGAUCAGAUUUAUGGAUUAACACAACUUAUCAAGCUGAAGAUCUUGGAAUUCAUUAUCAAAGCUUACCUCAAUGUAAGGCAUGGAAUCUGUGGUGGGAUUUGCAGCAUGGUAAAGUAACACCAACGAAUGAGAUCAUUGAUCUGUUAUCAUCACGAAAAAAUGUGGUAUCACUGAAUAGUGUGAUGCACCAUUUUGGAAUUAACUUGUCUAGAAUAUGUGAUAGCUACAAGGCUGAACUUAAAAUUUCUGAAAAUGGAACAAAUAAUACAAAAGAAAAAAGAAAAAAUGCUAAAUCAUUGACUAGUUUGCAUAACAAUUUGAAAUUUAAUUCGAAAAAAUCAGAGGGAAAAGAUCCAAAUAUAGCAUUUGUUACCAAGUACAAAUCAGUUGAUAAUUUGCAACGGGUUGAUGGUUCAUUUUUGCUUCAAUCUGGUAAACGCAUUGUGAAUCCAGAAGUGAAAAUAGCUUAUCAGGUAGUCGUUGAUUAUGAUGCAAAAGCUUCAAAUGUCGUGUUUAGUGAUCCGAAAAUUGCACAUUUCUUUGAACUUGGUGAAUUAACAGAAAUAUUUCAACUUCACAAAGGAAUAAAAAUUGACUUGGAAAAUGUUUGCACGUCGAAGGAAGAUUUUGUUUCUAAGAAUUCUGAAGAACAAACUGUGGUUGAACUAAAGAAAAAUAGAAAAAUGAAUCUAAACGAGAACAAUACUACUUCAAAAUUAUUUUUGGAAUAUGGCAUUCAGUUAAGUAAUAUUUUAACUCUAUUUGAUAAUGAAGAACUUAUCAAACAAACGCCUUAUUCAUCAUCCAAACUUAAACCCAUUUUGGAUAGAAACCGCUAUGAUUCAAGAUCUCCACCGAUCAAUUGCAAUGAUAAUUUCACGGAAGAUUAUGAUAUGGAUUUAUGGUUACGAAUGACUUGGCGUGAUUUACGUUUAGUUCACGAAUUAGAUCGACCAAUUUUAAUCAACGAUGAAAACUUUCUCAAGAAAAUUUGGCUUCCAGCGCCAUUUUUUCAAAAUGCUAAAGAAGCUAAAUAUCAUCGAAUGACACUGCUCAAUUUUUGGAUGUAUAUAUUUCCUGGAGGCGAAGUUUUUCUAGAAACUCAUUUGUACUUAAAACUAUCAUGUAAACUUAUCUUGUGCAAAUAUCCACAUGACAAUCAAGUAUGUACAUUGAAAAUAAGUGAUAUUGCAUUAGACAGUAAUUCUGUUCGGUAUAUUUGGUUUCCACGUUUGCGUGAUGCAAUUAGAAUGAAUGAGAAGUUGGAAUUAGGAGAACUUUACAUUCAACAAUAUCACACACAAAAUUGUAUUGGAAAACGUAAAACGGGUGAUUUUUCAUGUCUAGAAGCUCAAUGGAAGCUCAAGCGUCAUCUGAGCUAUCACUUUACUCGAACUUAUAUUCCAACCGCAAUCUGUGUGUUAUUCUCCUGGAUUAGUGUUUGGCUACCAGAAGAAUUUGUAACUGGUAGAAUAUUUAGCUCGUUGACGUUGUUUCUAACGUUAAGUACUGAAAAUAGUGCUAUGAAAGAAGUGUUACCAAAAGUUUCCUACAUGAAGGCAAUUGAUAUAUGGUUCGGUUUCACUGCAAGUUUUGUCUUUAUCACAAUGCUAGAGUCAAUAGUUGUCAUUUCUCUCGAAUAUAAAUCUCGACAGUUGCAUAAGAAGGCUGAAAAUCACUCAAAUUUUAUCUCUCAUUAUCAUAUUAUGAUUUUGCUAGCAAAUUAUUAUCAAACAGUAGCUCGUCAGAUUGAUAAAUAUUCACGAACGUUAUAUCCGGCUAUUUUUCUACUUUUUUUGAUCAUCUAUUAUUUUGUGAUUAUUGAAGGAGAUGAAAUGAAAUGUAUUCAGCAAAGUGGUAAUAGUACACUGUGA